AGAGAGAGAGAGAGAUGGAGAACUUCCCAAUCAUCAACUUGGAGGGCCUCAAUGGAGAGGGAAGAAAAGCAACAAUGGAAAAAAUCAAAGAUGCCUGUGAGAACUGGGGCUUCUUUGAGCUUGUGAGUCAUGGGAUACCAACUGAGUUUUUGGACACAGUGGAGAGGUUGACAAAAGAACACUACAGGCAGUGCUUGGAGCAGAGGUUCAAGGAGCUGGUGGCCAGCAAGGGCCUUGAGGCUGUCAAGACAGAGGUCAAUGAUAUGGACUGGGAAAGCACCUUCUACUUGCGCCAUCUUCCAAAAUCUAACAUAUCUGAAGUUCCAGAUCUUGAGGAUCAGUACAGGAAUGUGAUGAAGGAAUUUGCAUUGAAGUUGGAGAAAUUAGCAGAGCAGCUCCUAGACUUGCUCUGUGAGAAUCUUGGACUUGAACAAGGGUACCUCAAGAAGGCCUUCUAUGGAACAAAUGGACCAACUUUUGGCACCAAGGUUAGCAACUACCCUCCUUGUCCCAACCCUGAGCUGAUCAAGGGUCUCCGGGCUCACACCGAUGCCGGCGGCCUCAUCCUGCUCUUCCAGGAUGACAAGGUCAGUGGUCUGCAGCUCCUCAAAGAUGGCCAAUGGAUUGAUGUUCCCCCCAUGCGCCACUCCAUUGUUAUCAACCUCGGUGAUCAAAUUGAGGUGAUCACUAAUGGGAAGUACAAGAGUGUGGAACACAGAGUGAUUGCCCAAACUGAUGGCACCAGAAUGUCAAUAGCUUCCUUCUACAACCCUGGCAGUGAUGCUGUCAUCUACCCUGCACCAACACUGGUGGAGAAAGAAGCGGAGGAGAAGAAUCAAGUGUACCCGAAAUUCGUGUUCGAAGACUACAUGAAGCUCUAUGCUGGCCUCAAGUUCCAGCCCAAGGAGCCAAGAUUUGAAGCCAUGAAAGCAGUGGAAACCAAUAUCAGUCUGGGUCCAAUUGCAACAGCUUAAGAGAAUUUAAGUUUUACUAAGAAGCCGGAAAGGUUGUUCGCUUAAAGUAAUUAUGGGUGUGAAGAAAGUUUUUUAUUGUCUCUUUAAAAAUUCACUUAAAAUUACUAUUGAGGGUAUCAAAUAUCAAUCUGUUGUUUGUAGAAACUAAAUUUAUAGUAAAUAAUGUGACCUGGGAAUUUGUUAGUUUGCUAUUCCUGUACCCUGUACCAGUUUGUUAAUAAAACUGUUACGUUACCAAUUCUCAAAUAA